CGUAUCUGGUGGUGAUAUAAGCGGGCUUCAAACAGUGGCAGUGACAGCAGACAAGAUGUUGUACAAGGUGGCAUUCGUGAUCGCUCUAGCCGUUGGCCAGGUUCCAGCCAGGCCUGAGGCGGAUUUAAAAGUAGACUAUGUCGAAAACGUCCGCAGCAGUUCUGGCUCCCGCAUCGUGUCGGGCUGGGAGGCGUACCCGGGGCAGCACCCGCACCACGUGUCGCUGCGCAUGGUCAACCCCGACGGCGCCGCCUUCAGCUGCGGAGGCUCCCUGGUCUCCCACAACUGGGUCAUCUCCGCUGCGCACUGCACUGCUUUACGAGCGAUGAUCCUGAUCCGCGCGGGCGUCAUUCAGGUGGCCAACCCGGAGUUCGCGGUGGAGACGACGGAGUGGUACAACUACCCGUCGUUCGUGGACCAGCUGGCCGCGUUCGUGGUGCAGCCCAAUGACAUCUCGCUGGUCAAGGCGCCGGUCGACAUACCCUACACAAGUAAGUGA